UCCUACUCUUGGACACCGGUUCCACACCUGCAGUUCGAGCAACUGCUGCGCAGCAAUUAGGAGAAAUUCAAAAGCAACACCCUGGAGAACUGCAUAACUUGUUAUCAAGGGUUGUCAUUCACUUAAGCAAUAAAGAAUGGGAUGCUCGGAUUGCUGCGGGACAAGCAAUUGAAGCUAUUGCAAAAAAUGUGCCACAGUGGGAUCCUCCAGAGACUGUUAAAAUUGAAACCGAAAUAUCUUUUAAAAAUGAGUCAAGUGAUAAUAAAUAUUCCUUUGAGAAUUUUGACAUUUCGAAUGUAUUACAAAAUGGAAAAACAUUAUUAGGCUCGGCCGGAAAAGUACGUGUCAAUUAUCCUAAAAAUGAUAAUUGCGUGGUCUUUGUGGUUUUCAUGAUAUUUAAAAGAUUAGGAUUGGGUGGAGAAUUUAUGGAUGUCGAUUUAUUGGAUGAUGUUGACAUAAGUGGGACGACUACAUCACAAAAUACACAAGUCCAUAAGGUUGAGUCUGCUUCUAUACAACCACCACGUUCUCCAAUUUUGCCCCCAGAAGACAUGGCUGGCCUUAGCGCCAGAGAAAGAAAUAAACUGAAGAGAAAAGCAAAAAAUGAUGCAAAAAUUAAGGGGAAAGAAAAAUUACGGGUUGUAGAAAUUGGUACGCGAAGAACAAGCGGUGAUUAUGUAGCACCGCUAGCAACUCCACUUACACCAACAACUGUUAAAGUCGAACCUGAUGGAUCAGGAUCAUCAGAGCAAACACAAGCAGAGGGAUGUUUCAAUUUUACGCCACAACCUUGUUCGAGUAAAAUUGUUGUAGAAUCUAAAAAAGAAGGAUCGUCAAAUGUAACGGAUGAUCAGUCUAAUGAAUGGCCAUUUGAAAAUGUGUGCGAAUCUCUAUGUGUAGCUUUGUUUAAUCCAUGCUGGGAAGUAAGACAUGGUGCUUGCAUUGGUUUAAGGGAAAUUCUUAAAGUACACGGUCAUGGGGCUGGACGUCGCGUUGGGUUAACUAAAACGGAAAAUGAAUUCAGACAUAAUAAAUGGUUGGAGGAUGUAGCAAUUCGUUUGUUAUGUGUUUUUGCACUGGACCGAUUUGGAGAUUUUGUAUCAGAUCAGGUUGUCGCGCCUGUAAGAGAGACUUGCUCACAAACAAUGGGUGCACUUCUACGCUAUAUGUCACCACAAGGAGUGGAAAACGUUCACAGAGUUUUAUUGCAGAUGAUUUAUCAAACAGACGUGCAAGGAGAUAAACCAUCAAUAUGGGAAGUCAGACACGCUGGGAUGUUAGGCUUGAAGUAUGCAGUUGCUGUCCGCAAGGAUUUAGUGAAUACAAUAUUGGAUGGAACUGUGGGUGCGGUGAUUUUAGGAUUAAAAGAUAGUGAUGAUGAUGUGAGAGCUGUUGCUGCAUCUAUUCUAAUUCCGAUCGCAGAACAUUUUGUUACACUUUCUGCACACAAAAUACCGGAAAUUGUUACGGUGUUAUGGGAUUGUUUAAAGGAUUUGAAGGAUGACUUGACAGCAUCUACAGCUAGUGUAAUGGAUUUUUUGGCUCGAUUAUUUUCCUUCCCGAAAGUAUUAGAAUAUAUGCGAACAGCUGCUAUUUCUGAUCCGAGCCAUUCUUUGACAACAUUAAUACCUCGAUUAUACCCAUUCUUUCGUCACACUAUUACGUCCGUUCGUUCUGCGGUCCUAAAUACAUUAUUGACAUUUCUUGGUAUGGCCGAUGUUGAAGAAUGGGUAGAUCACCGCGCUUUCAGACUUGUCUUUCAAAACAUGAUCGUCGAGGAGAAAAAAGAUGUUCUCGACUUAUCCCUUCAAGUCUGGUCUGCUUUAGUGUCUCAUGUAUCAAAGUCCGGCCAAGAAAAUAAAAUCAUCACUUUUACGGCUCAAUAUAUCAGAACAUGGUUUAUGAUAAUUAUGACCCCGUUAGGCACUCCAAUUGAUCGACGAUUAUUUUUUGUGCCAGAUGGUCCAGUUCCGAUGGAAAUAUCUACCAAUCUGCGACGUCGAUCACAGGAGCGUAUCCAGACAAACGACGGUGAUGAUGUCAUGGCUGGUCACAAUAUUGAUACUGGGAUGCUGCAGCAAGAUUUUGCAUUGGUCAGUGUGGACACUGUACUAAGAGGCAGAGUCACUGCUUCUAAAGGCCUGGGUAUGUUAAUGAGUCAUUGGCCUAAUGAGUCUUUGGAAGCAUCGUUUGAAGAGAUUAUUAUAUCUUGCUUGUCUUCUACGUGGGCAUCAAAUAAACAACUUGCUGCUGUCAUUAUAGAAGAAUGGGCACGUUCAAUUGUGGAGAACGAAGGUUAUGAUAUUCAGACAUCAUUGUUGAGCGUAUCACCAUUAGCAGUUAAACUUUCAAACCAUAUGAUCUCAAUGCUGGAAUCCGAACCGCCGAAAUUUUAUUCGGAACUUAUAUCUAUUCUUCGUCGCAUUCGUGGUGAAUGUCAAGCAUUGCUCAAUACAUUUGUUUCAGUGGGAAAAAUUGAUUCUGCAGUUAUACCUACUUUACCUUCGCAUGUUCUUGGUGAAGUCAUUCAAUCAGAUGUUUCGUUUCCAUUGUUCAGUAUUGAAAUAGCAGUGGAGCUUUCGGCGGCUACUUUUAAUAAUUUAUUAGCUCAAGUCACUGGGAUAGAUGGAAAAUCCACACAAGCUCGAAGUGAUGAAAGACAAUCGUUAAAUGAUCGUAAACGGCGAGUAAUGUCAUCAAUAGGUUACUAUGAGUCUACUAAGCAUAAAAAUGACGUCGUCGUUUUCGCAGCAAUUGCAGGCGCUGUAGUUGCACUGCGAGCAUUACCUCCUAAGCUUAAUCCUGUUGUCAGAUCUAUUAUGAAUUCCAUAAAAACUGAAGAAAACCUAGGAUUACAACAACGCUCGGCAGCUACACUGGCGAGCCUCGUUGAACUUUGUGCCUCUGAGGAUGGCUCAACGCGAGUAAAUCCUAACGACAAAAUCGUGAAAAAUCUAUGUACAUUUCUUUGUUCUGAUCCAACUACAACACCUGAGCUGCAAGCUAAUCGUGCAAAGGAGGGUAUAUUGUCUUUACAGAAAGCUAAAGAACCUGAUAAAGGUUCAUCUAAUAAUGAUUCCCAAAAUGAAGAUGAAGAGUUAAAAUCACAAAAGUUAAUACGUCGUGGUGCUGAAACAGCACUUAGGCAAUUUUCUAUACAAUUUGGGCCAAAAUUAUUUGAUAUUGUUCCAAGGUUAUGGACGUGUGUGCAUUCUUCUUUGAGCACAAUAUUCGCUCAUGAUGACAAAGAAAAGACAUCAGUUUUUAAAACAAAUAUAAAUUUGGGACAGGACGUCAUUGACUCUUUGCAAAUAUUACAGACAUUAGUUCCUGUCUUUCAUGAAUCUCUUCAAUUAAAGGUUACGGAAUUGUUGCCUUGUAUUGUGAAAGCUAUUCAAUGCCAAUAUUCAGUAAUUCGGUCCAUGGCUGCCCGUUGCUUUGCCACGAUUGCUAACGUUAUCACAAUCCAAAGUAUGCAGAUUAUAAUAGACCACAUAAUACCAUUGUUGGGGGAUUCACAAAAUGUGAUACGUCGUCAAGGAGCUGCUGAGCUAAUAUAUCAUGUAGUGCAGACUAUGGACGCGAAGAUUCUUCCUUAUGUCAUUUUUUUGAUUGUACCGAUUUUGGGUCGAAUGAGUGAUGUGGAUGAAAAUGUUCGAUUAGUGAGCACCAAUUGUUUUGCUAUGCUAAUAAAGUUGGUGCCGUUAGAGGCCGGAAUACCUGAUCCACCUGGUCUAUCCACAAAAUUGUUGAUACACCGAGAUGAAGAACGUAAAUUUCUUGCACAACUACUCGACAGCAGAAAGUUAGAUCCAUAUGAGAUUCCUGUUACAAUUAAAGCUGAACUAAGAAAAUAUCAGCAGGAAGGUGUAAAUUGGCUUGCAUUUUUAAAUAGGUAUCAAUUACACGGAAUAUUAUGUGACGAUAUGGGACUUGGAAAAACACUUCAAUCUAUCUGCAUCCUUGCCAGUGAUCACCACAUGCGUGCAACUAAAAAUACUGAAACAAAAUCACCAGACAGUGUACAUUGUCCGUCAUUAGUUGUCUGCCCACCUACAUUAACAGGACAUUG